AUGGCACCCAACGACAAAAAGAAUUUUAAGAAGGGGGAACCCAAGACGCCCGUCACAAACGAUCCUCGUUUUAGCCGUGUUCAUAAUGAUCCUCGUUUCGUUAGACCCAAGAAGAAGGACAUGAAAGUCACGAUCGACAAACGUUUUGCUGGCAUGAUGAAGUCCACUGAUUUCAGUGGUGGUCCACGAGUCGAUAAAUACGGUCGUCGUUUGGAACAAGAUACAGCUGAAAAAGAAUUGAAGCGCUUUUAUCAACUUGAAGAAGACGAAGAGAGUGACGAUUAUUCUGAUGAAGACAAGACAGUAGAGCAAUUAGAAAAAGAAUUGGCUGAAGACAAAGAUAAUUUACGCUUUGAAAAAGACAGUGAAGAAUCCGAAAAAGAGGAUUUGGAGACGCAAAAGAAGUUUUAUGAUCCUAUGCGUGGUCGUGGUGAAAUUUCUUCUGAUGAUGACGACGAUGAUACAGAUGCUUCUGGCAGUGAAGAAGAAGAAGAGGAAGAAGAAGAGUUAGACGAAUUAGAUAAGGUGACACAUAUUCCUGAAGGUGAAGAAACCAGUCGAUUGGCUCUUGUCAACAUGGACUGGGACAAGAUCAAAGCAGUGGAUAUCAUGAAGGUCUUGAAUGGAUUUAAGCCUGACACAGGUGUUAUUCAAAGUGUCACUAUUUACCCUUCUGAAUUCGGUAAAGAACGGUUAAAAUUAGAAGAAACACAAGGCCCUCCAACUGAGAUCUUUAAGCACAAGAAAUCAAACGACAGUGAAGAAGAGGAAGAAGAAGAGGAAAUUACAGAAGAAACUAUCAUUAAAAACCAACUGGAAGAAGGAGAUGGACAAGACUUUGAUCAAGAAGCUUUGCGUAAAUACCAAUUAGACAGACUCAAGUAUUAUUAUGCUGUGAUUGAAUGCGAUAGUCCCAAGACAGCCAAAGUAAUUUACAAGGCCUGCGAUAAUACAGAAUACGAAAGCAGUGCCAACUUCUUUGAUCUGCGUUAUAUACCCGAAAAUAUGACAUUUGAUGAUGAGCCUAGGGAUUCAGCCACAGUGGCUCCUGAGAAUUACACACCUACCAAGUUCCAAACAGACGCUCUUCGACGCACUAAAGUCUCACUCACUUGGGAUGAAGAUGAUGUGGAUCGCUACCAAGUCACUCGUCGAGAGUUCACUAAAGACGAUCUCAAGGAUCUUGAUUUUGAUAUUUACCUUGCUUCUACAGAUGAAGAAGAAGACGAAGAAGAUUUAGAUGCUCUUCGUGAAAAAUACAAGAAAUUGUUAGGCAGCAACAAGAAUACAGCAUUUGAAGACAAGAUCAACGAUGAUGAUGAUGAAGAAGGUGAUAUGGAAAUUACAUUUACACCUGGUUUAAGUGAAGCUGCUGGUGCUCUUGUUAAGGACAAAGAAGAAGAAAGCAAGGAAGAGACCUCCAUUGAAACUUAUUUACGUAAACAAAAAGAAAAGAAGAAAGCCAAGAAGGUUGCUAAGCAACAACAACAACAACAUAAGGAAGAUGAAGAUUCUGAUAUGGACGAAGAGACAGCCAAUGACCCAUUUUUCAAGGAAGCCAUGGAAGAAAUGGAACAAGAAGGUGUUGUUACAAAGAAGACAAAGAGUAAAAAGAGAGCUUCUAAAGAAGAGCGCGAAGAAAAGGCUCGAGAAAGAGCUGAAUUGGAACUUCUUAUGGACGAUGAUGGCAAGGGCGAAGGCUUCAAUAUGAAGGAAGUACUCAAGAGAGAAAAGAUGGAAAAGAAAAAGAAGAAUAGAAAGAAUAAGAAGAACCAAGAUUUGGGUGAAGAUGACUUUGAGAUCAAUGUCAGUGAUCCUCGUUUUGCUGCUGUGCAAGAAUCGCACCAUUUUGCUAUUGAUCCUACCAACCCUCAAUUCAAAAAGACAAAGAGCAUGCAGAAGUUGUUGAACGCUAGACAACAAAAGAUGAAGGAAGGCAGUAUGGCCGAGAAUGACAACUGGAAAAAGGAAAAGAAGUCUAAAGAAACUGAGUCUGGUUUAGGCGAAACUAAAUCCAAGUCGUCUCUUCAACAACUUGUUGCUUCUGUGAAACGUAAAGGUGCAUUAGACAACUCUAAACAAGGCAAACGUCUAAAGAAAUAA